CCCUGCCCGUCCAUGGUGCGUGAUUACCACCAGUGGAUGGGUGGAGUGGAUAUCCACGAUCAACUCCGACUCCAGCACUAUUCUCUGCAAGGACAGACGUGGUGCAAGAAGUGCUACAAGUCUAUCUUCUUGGGACUGGUAGACGUGGCAAUCGUGAAGGCCUACAUCGUAUUCCGGGAGGCGGUCAAG